AUGGAGGCUGUGGAGAAGCGACACAGGUCUGUCCCCUCCCCUGCCAACCCUGUCCCUGACACCAUCCUGUUUGGCCAGUACCAGGGUCGUUCCUUUCGGUGGUUGUGUGAGAAUGACAUGGGCUAUGUCAUCUCACUGCUGGCCAAGCACCAGCAUGAAAGGCGGACGAACAAGUCCGAGUCUGCCUACAUGCUUAACAAGGAUGACCUUGGUAGUUAUGCACUCCGUUGCCCAGGAGUUGCACAGGCUGUCCGGGACCGCCAAACCCGUGACGGCGCGCAGGCUGUGACGCAGUCCUCACAGUCUGUGUGCCAGGUUGGGCUGGGGUCUGUGAUGGGGUUUGGCAAGUAUAGGGACAAGACCUACGAGGAUGUUCUCAAGGGCCAUGAGACCUACGUGAAGUGGGUGCUGGGGGAGAGUCCCAAGAUCGGGAGUCCCAUGGACACCUUCCGCAAGUUCGCCAUCCAGUGGAAGGAGUCCCAGUCUCAGCCCCAGCCAGCAGCACAGUCAUCCCAGGGUCAGUCGUCAAAGUCAGAGGCAUCUCUGCAGGUGUCCCAGACUGCGCGGCCUUCUGCGGUGACUCCUUCACCUGUGUCCUCUACGUUCCGACGUUUGGGGCCACAGUCUGCUGCAGCUACCUCCACAAUGACGCCCCGUGCUGUGGCAAGCCAGCCUUCGGUGCUGCCGUUGAGGCGCGAGAUGUUACGGCCUCGGCCAGUGGCAUCUCAGCCUCCAGUGCCAAGGCAAGGACUGUCACAGCCUGCAGUUCUGCCAUCCCGGCUGAACACGGCGUCUCCAGCUGCGGUAGAGUCAUCAUCUCAGUCUGCUGAAAUCACACUGCCCACUGCCUGGUUGCUGUCCCAGCUACCAGCAGAGCAGUGGGACUGGCUUGGGAAAGCCAUGUUCCGGAACGUGGCUGGUCGGCCAAAGCUGGUCACAGACAUCCGUCUGUGGUGGUACCCUCCCCAGCCAGUUUUGUGCCUUCCCCAGGCCCCAGCCAGCCCAGAUGCCUAUUUCCGCAGGCCCUUCUUCCUGUGGAUGCCAUAUAGGAUGUGGGCUGUACGACUGAGGUGUGUCGACUCACAGUGCAGCGGAGACAGGCUAACAUCAGCAGGCCUGUACAGGACUGUGAGGAGAGUCCUGGACGUGGAUGGAUGGUACUAUAUGGGCACAGAGUACCUGGAAUGCCCCCAGUGUGGCAAGAAGGUUGCGGCAUGGUCUGGUGACAUUCUGCGGCAGCUCGACCCCGGGCACCGCAGUCUGUUCCCAGCCAUCCUGACCUACAGGUACUCCUGUGACUAUCGCGUGCUGCGAUUCCUGAGGGAGCGGACACUGGGUAACAGUGUUACGCAACUCAGGAAGCACAUCUUGGAGCAGCACAGCGAGGCCUACCUGAAGCGUUGUCUGCACUACCUGACCGACUGUGAGCAGUUCAUCAACCGUGUGGUGGUACGUCCGUCCUUUGCUGCACCUCCAGUCAUGACAGACGUUCCGCAGCCCAAGUGGCUGCUGGCAGUGUAUGCCAAGGACGUGCUGCAACGGCUGGGGGAGGUGAAGGCCUCAGUGACGUCCAUCUUCGGGACCGUCAUCAAGAUGGACUCCACAAAGAAGGUCACCAAGAAGCUGGCCGGUGCAGCAGCUGGGACAGCUGCCUGGGUGACUAACGUUGGGAACGAGCACGGUCAGAUCCUGAUGUCAGUCCUCACGGCAGCGGAGGGGCAAGGUCUGAAGCCCAUGGGUAAGGGUCUGGUUCGAAGGUACCGUGAUGCAGGAGUUGAAGCACCAAAACUCCUGUAUGUGGACAGGGACUGCUGUUCCACCCGGACCACGGCCCUGUUCCCUGGGUGGGAUGACCUGGUCAUAAGGCUCGACGUGUGGCAUUUCAUGCGCAGGAUUGCCAGCACCUGCACCACUGAAAGCCAUCCGUUGUAUGCAAGCUUUGUGGCCGGCCUGUCCCACUGCAUCUUCAAGUGGGACCCCAGUGAUGUGGCGCUCCUUCUGAGGGCAAAGCAAGCAGAGCUGAGCAAGGAGGGGAGAGGUGAUUGCGACGCCGCUCGCUUUGUCUCAAGGAAGGAGUUGCAACUCCAUUGCCGCCGCAUGACACGGGGGACCGAGGAGACUACCCGCCUCAUCCAGGAGCUGAUCGAUACGUACGACAGCUCCAAGGGUACGGACACCAUGGGUGUUCCUCUCCUCGACCACGAGCGAGCCCGCCAGAUGUGGAAGGACCAACAGUGCCAUGUCAGCUGCCUGCAGGACCCUGCAGGAUUCCAGCUGUACAUGGAGACUGGGAUGCAGCUGAAGGGAGGGAUGGUGCUACCAACCUACCGCUGCAGCAGGGGCUCCACCUCCCUGGAGUCCUUCCACCUCCACCUGCAACGCUUCAUUCCUGGCACGAGUGCCAGUGCUGCCCACUUCCAGGCAUACCUGCUGGAAGGGUUGGUCCGGUGGAACAAGGACAGAGCCGUGGCUGCUGUUGCAGGGGAAACGUCUUCCCUGCGAACCUACAGUGGCUGGCUCCAGUCCUCUGUCAACCGAGCCAGUGAAGCAGUGCUGGGUCGAUCCUUGUGUCCAGGCUUCCACACACCAGGCCAGUACACGGGGGAGCUGCUCGGGAUAGAGUAUCUGUUUGCCCAGACAGGCAAACAGAUGGAGGAGAUCUGUCUCGACCCUGAUGUACCAGAUGGCCUGGAGAAGACCGAGGUGGAUCCUGACGAAGGGUUCGAGGACCUGGAUGUCAGUGAGGAGGAUCCCACCAUCUCUACCAUCGCUAACGCAUCUGUGGCAUAUCCUUUGGUGUCUGCUGGUCAGACUCCCCCUGGUGUAGGUGCUGAAGCUUCUGCUGGUCAGACUGCUGAAGCGCCCAGUUCACCAGGUGCACAGACUGUGGAAGCGACUUGUGAUGAUACUGGAGAUGAUGGGACUCGGUCUCCAUCCCCUGAAUCCUCCACAUCCUCAGCAGCAGAGGAGUGUCAUGGUCCAGAUGGUGCUGCUGGAUACCAGCAUGUCCAGACUCUGGCCAAGGCCCUGGUCAGCCUGCGGACCUUGACCUGCCUGCCUGACAGCAAGGUGGAGGAACUUGUCAAGCUGUGGGAGCGCCUUCCUGACUCCGACAAGGAGAGGCUGAGCUACUCUGCUCGACACCAGAAGAAGCUCUCCAAGGGAAGGUUUAAAGCUACCAAGUCUUCCUCCAUCGCUGGCGUGGAGAGUGUGAAACGGUGCAUGGUGGGGGAAAAUGCUGGCCCCGCCCAGUGGCCCAACGCCAGCAGACUUGUUGAGGCCAUCUGUCUGCAGCUGUGUGCGGAUCACCCCACAGCCACCAAGACCGCUGCUGGGGUGACGACGCAGCGUUGGUCUGUGAUAAUGAAGGAGUACAGCCACAUCCGGCAGUUGGUCUUAUCCAACGUACUCCUGAUGUCACAGACCUCGCUACAGCUGUAUGACAUCAACACACGCACCCUCACACAGUGGUACAACAAGCGGCAGAAGGCACAGGAGAGGCAGAUCCUUCUACAAGGAGUCAGCCAACCCAGUGCCAGCACCGUCUCUGAUGUACCAGCUCCAGAGCCCCGUGCCAAGCCCGAGAGCAUUGCGCCAGCCAUCCACCCCGCCCCCCUUGUCUUCCCGUGCCCACCCAACACUGCUGGGCAGGCUCGCAACAUCCGUUGUAUGCCUGCACCACCAGUGGUGUUGGUGACACAGCAGCAGAUGGGACGCGGCUACAUCCCUCCUGUAGCCGCCCAGGUUCCAGCUGCAUCUGUGACCAGCUCCACCAAGUCCGCCAGGUGGUACCGGAAGAAGAAGGCAACGGAGGAGGAUCAGGGACAGCAAAAGCGCAAAUACUCGCGCAAGGCCGGAAGCAACACAUGCUCCAUUUGUGGCAAGCCCAAACUAAAGGAGUUUGGCCACAGCCGCUUUGGGAGAGAGACAUUCUGUGAGUCUUCUUCUUCCCUUAGCGUGCAGCAAUGGUUGGCACAAAAGAGAGCAGAGGCGGCAGCAAAAAAAGACCCCCCUCAAAACUAAAACCAUUGAAACUUUCGGCUUCCUGCUAAAACUACAAACCUGUAACAUUCGGCCCCCCCCCCU